AUGCCUGGAGUCUCUCUCCUCUGGAGAGCCGGCGCCCGCUCCAGAGCACCGCUGCUGUCGUACUCAACAUCCCGAUCCGACGCCGCAACUAAGCCUCAGUCCCCGAUUGCGCGGGUUCCCGCCGUCGACAUCGAAUCGCAAUCGCAGCUGCGUGCCGAGGUCGUGCAAUCGAACCAUGCGCGCAACCAGCUCCUGCGCGACGCCUUCCGCGCGGAGACGCCGGCCAUCAAGGAGGCCGUCGAGCGCAAGCUCAAUUCGCCCUUUGUGCCCAUGGCGAGGGACUACCCGUCGCGCGUGGCGGCCAAGCAGAGCAUGACGUGGUGCCGCAAGAUUGCGAGGGUGCAGGUCGGCUUCGACAUCAUAUGGCGGCACUUUGGCUCCGGGACGCCGGGCUGGACCGACACGUUCAACCUGCUCAAGCGGAUGACGCCCAAGAGGAGCGAGGCCCCCAACAUGACGGCCGUGCGCAUCGUGCUGCCCAAGUCGUGGGACCUGGCCGUCGGCGCCAAGAAGAUUGAGUUUGUGGACUCGACGACCGGGCUCGCGGCCAAGCUGCGCGUCUCGGCGGACCACCAGAACCCUUCGGCCAUUGUCCUGCGCGGACAGAGCUCGGUGCUGGCCAAGGCGGCCGACGAGCUGAUUUCCGCGUGCAAGGACGUCGAGGUCUUCAAGCUGGGCGAGGUCGCGGCCUUCGACUACGAGAUGAAGCGCCUGUGGCCGGCAAUCGAGGAUGCGCCCGAUGGCGGUUCGUCGCUGCCGGCGGACAAGCUGGAGAAUAUCUGGGUGCACAAAGAGCUUCAGACGUACUGGAUCGACAAGCCGUACGAGCAGACGCCUCGACCCAAGUGGUGGACAAAGGAGACUUUCGAGUCGUACGUGACGGCGCUUGUCUGCGGCCGUCUGCGGCCCCAUCUCGCAAUGCCCUUCUACAGGCAGGCCCGGAAGGACGGCAACCUUAUCGACACGGACGGCAUCCGAGUCAACCUCAUUCUGAAGGCGUUCGAAGACCCGGCUGCCAAGGACUGCGUGACCCCCUCGGUCCUGAAGAUGGCCAUGGCCUUUAUGGCUCACCGGGGCGGCCACCGCGCUUCGGCCGACCGCCUGUUCACUCUGGCGGAGGAGUGGGGCAUGCCCAUGGACACGGAUGCGUUCAACGUCAUGCUGGAUGGCUACGUCGCCAAGCGCGACGUGGCCUUCUUCCACAAGUUCCUCCAGAAGAUGGAGGCGCGGUACUUUCACCCCAACGCGAGAACGUGGCUGCUCUUCUUGAAGCUGGUGCAGAGAGACGACGAGAGGAGGCAGAUCAUCGUGGCCAUGUACGACCUUGGCCUGUUCGAGGACCCGGCGACGCGGCGCGGCAUCGCGGGCAUCAUGGCGGGGUACGACUCGUACGCGGCGUUCAAGGCCGGCAAGAAGCUUGACAUGUUCAUGGCGGACCAGACGAUGCGCUACGGCGAGGACUGGUUCACGGUCGGCGCGCUCAACCGCAUCCUCAAGGAGUUUUUCCGGUUCCACAGCAAGGACAGCCCCCGGUUCGGCGACUUCAAGUCCCUCAUCGAGCGGCAGUCCGAGGACGGGCGCAAGGUGGACAUCAGCACCAUCAACCUCAUCCUCGACCACUGCGCCGAGGCGCGCGACUGGGAGACGGCGCUGUGGGCCCUGUCGCGCAUGUCGCAGUUCGGCUGCGAGCCCGACCACCGCACGUACCAGCUCCUCAUCGCGCUCGCGGCCAACGCCCAGAGCCCCAGCGCCCUCGGCGUCGCCUUCUUCUACGGCGUCGUCGACCGCAAGCUGCGGCCCCCCGCGCGCAAGACGAUGAAGCACGUGCUGCUCGACCAGAACCCGGCGUCCUUCUGGGCCCGCACGCGGCCCAGCAUCUUCUCCGGCAGGAUGGCCCGCGCGCUCGAGGAAAGCAGGGUCGGCCGCCCGGACAACGUCGUCGCCGGCGCCGAGUGGGCCAUCCUCAGCGUCUGCGACGGGUACAAGCCCGCGCAGGCCCUCGCCUCGGCCCUCGACGUCGCGUUCCGCACCAUGGACAGGCCCCUGCACCAGCAGCUAAAGAGCGGGAGCGGGAGCGGGCGCGAGCCCGGGUCCGCGUCCCGUCUCCAGCUCAGGGACUUUGCCGUCCGGCUCGUCGACCCCAAGGGCGCGCGGCCGCCCAUGACGGUGCACCUGGACGCGCGCUUCACGCCGGAGACGAUGCUUCGCGGCUGGGCCCCCUCCGCCGCCGGCGCCGCCGCCGAUGGCCCUGUCGACGCGGCGGAGCGAGACCCUGGCCUGCAAGACUCCCCUCCACCGCGUGACCGUGCCGAGGCAACCACGACUGCGGCGGCAUCGAGGCGCUCAUCUCGGCGAAACACUCGACCGGCCAUCACCACCACCACCCCGCCGUCUCCUACCGAACAAACCUGA